AUGCCUACUCUCGAUCCCAGCGAACUGAAUGUUGUGCUUGCCGUCUUCGGAGGCUUCAUCAUUCUUUACGGUGUCAUCUCUGUCAAGAUUAAGAAUGCGUGGUACCUAGGCGAGGCCUUACCGGCCGUGGUUCUAGGCGUGUGUCUUGGUCCACUCGCGGCCAAGUUCCUCGACAGCGAAAGAUGGGGGUCAGCUGUCCCAGGUCAGACAAACGACAUCACUCUGGGUCUCAUGAGAGUGAUGAUCGGCAUCCAACUUGUCAUGGCUGGCUACCAACUCCCCGCGAAAUACCAGAAGACCAAGUGGAAGGACAUGCUUGUUCUGAUGCUACCCGUCAUGACUAUUAUGUGGCUUGCUACCACUAUCUGCAUCCUUGCAACUAUCCCAAAAGUGACCCUUUUGGGAGCGAUGGUUAUUGGAUCCUGUGUUACAUCCACAGAUCCGGUAUUGUCACAAGCUGUCGCGAAGGGCCCGUUUUCGGACAAGUUCGUGAGACGUUCGCUCCGAGAGAUUAUAUCAUCGGAGGCUGGAGCAAACGAUGGCUUUGGUUUUCCGUUCCUCAUGCUGAGUGGGAAGUAUCACGUCUCCAUUUGGUUGUACCUUAUGCGGCAUGCGGACGGGAAGGAAGCAUUGCAUACCGGUGACUCCACCUUGCACGCGGUAGCGCGUGCUCUGCUACCGAGGGCAGGAGAUGUCGGUCGUCAAGGCGGUGGAGUGGGAAUCGCCCUUCAGAAUUGGUUCCUCGAGACCUGGCUUUACUUCGUCCUUAUGAGUAUUGCUUAUGGCGUCAUUUUUGGAACCCUGAUCAGAUAUGCUUUGAAGUUCUCGGUCAAGAGGAAGUGGAUCGAUUCCGAGAGCUAUGUCCUUGUUCCGACUGCCAUCGGCCUUUUCAUGAUGGGAACCUCCGGAGCUAUCGGUACCGACGACCUUCUUUCCUGCUUCGUCGCCGGCAGCGCACUUAACUGGGAUGGAGAAUUCCUAGCUGAAGCGCAAAAGAGACACGACGAGGUCAACGCCAGUAUCGACGUUUUGCUCAAUUUCGGCGGCUUCAUGUACCUUGGCACCAUCAUCCCAUGGAGCGAGUUCAACUCGGAUAUUACUGGGAUCAGCCCCGGACGGCUCUUCGGCCUGGGCGCUCUUGUCCUCCUGUUCCGUCGGAUCCCUGCAGUGCUGAUGACCUACAAGCUGAUGCCCAACACCAUCAAAGAUUGGAAGGAGGCCUUCUUUAUGGGUUAUUUUGGUCCAAUCGGUGUUGGUGCUGCUUUCUACGUCGAGCACGCCCGCCAUCUUUUCCCCAAGCUGGCGGAAGCAGAAGCGGUUGGCGAUAACGAGGUCGUUGACGUGCUCCGCGCUAUGGGUCCUGUCGUCUACUGGCUGGCGCUGUUUUCCAUCGUCGUCCACGGCCUCUCUAUUCCUAUCCUCAGCGCCAUCUACAGCUACAUGGGCGUCAAGCCGAUCCAAGAGGACGCCGUCCAGCUUCGCCGCCGCUCCGUCCGUGUUCCGCCACCCGCAAACGCUGUCGAAGGCGACAGAGACACCUUCAUCGCCUUCAACAGAUUCUCGCGACCGAACCUUUCCACUGAGUCGCUCAGCCAUAUGGGUGAUGAUGACUCGAUCGCUGACGAGAAGGUCCGAUAUCCGGACCUCGAAUCGGGACUUCAGGAGGCCAAGCAGAAUGCCCAGAUGUCCCCUCGAAGGAGCUUCAACAUACCGAGGCUUACUGCGCCUCGAAGCUUAAGUCGUCCCCGGACCAGCACCAGUCAGGUGCAGUGGGAUCAACCUCACGUCACCCGCGACUGA